AUGGCCGAGAUCUACCAGCGCGCAAAUACCGUAGUUGUCUGGCUUGGGGAGGAUCAUGCGCCGGCUUCCUGGGGCAGUUUGGCGUGUUCGAAGCCUCUGGCCUUGUUUCCACGUCUCGGGUAUGAUCGCGGUCGUAACGAAGGAGUAAAGAGCUUGGCUGCCAGAAUUGCUCUGAAAGUAUGGACGCUACAAGAAUUCGCCCACAAGAACUCUGCCGUCUUGUGCCGUGACUCCCGACUCUUUCUCUUCUCGAGCCUUGCGCGUCUCCUGGCAGUGGCACCAAAAGACGAGAGCGUACCGAGCCAGCAGGGGAUGGACCUACACGUGGACCUCUACGAAUGGCAAGCAAUGGCAACGACGCGGCCGUUCCGCGCAGCAACGAAUCAACUACGUCGCGUGCUCACAAUGCAAGCCUCCGAGCCGCGAGAUAAGAUCUUUGCGCUGCGGGCACUGUCCCCGGGUGUACUCGGCAAGAUGACGGUGGACUAUCGGAAACCCGUCGGAGAGGUCUUUCGGGACGCAACAAGACUCAUGGUCGAAGAAGAGAACAGCUUGCGGGUUCUGUACUUUUCGAAUCGGAAGAAGACGACGGCUGGUGUUGCAUGGGAGAGCAUGCCGUCGUGGACUGUUGACUUUGCGACUACGGACUCUGAGGUGAGGGGGUCAUAA